AUGUCUGCCAAUACUUUACCUCCCAGAAAAAUACAAGUCAAGGAGGAGCUUGAUCGGACAAUUCGCUCCAUCAGCUCAGAAUUCCAGCUUCAGCUCCAGAUCCCCGACCCGACACUGUCGCCUACUAAGCGCCAGCUCCAGCGCCGUGAUGGGGAACAGGAAAGAUGCGAUGCUAUCUACUAUCGCGCGCAAUUCCUCAAGUUCAAGGACCCAAACCGCCUCUCGAUAUGUCUUACUCGCUUCCGCGAACAAGCAGACGGACAUCUGACCAACUGGAUUCGAAAGCCCCGUGGUGACCCAGACACGACCCUGAUCAAGAGUUCGUUUGGUGACCCACAACGCCAUCACGGACGAUUAACCUCAGAGGAGCGGGGCGAGCUCCAGAACUUUUUACUGCGGUUGUUGAACGACAACAAUAUCGCCAGUCAGCAGCGUUCAAGAACUGCGAAACGAAGGUCUGACGAGUUUUCAGACUACAGUUCAAAAAGAAGUCGCAACUCAUUUGACGACUCCCCAACCUGCGACAGCAUAGAUGACAUCCCAGUUCGCUCUAGAGCCGUGGAUUCGAAUGGUCGUGUGCAUGCGGGACGGGCCGCUCGCCGCUCAGGUACGGCUUCGUUCCCCAAUGGCGCCACAAGUCCCGUCACAUCAUUUUCAAGCACACAACCUCAGUCUUUGUCUUUUGGCCCAGCCUCUUUCAACUCUAGCAAAGCUUCGCUGGCCCCAACUGUUUUCUCUGCAACCACAAACGGUGUUCCAAGCACCCAAACAACAGAUUUGACGAAUCAUUCCUUCCAAGGUUCGCGAACCUCUUUCCAGUCCUCUCAGCUCGAUCGCAGGGACCACCAAAAACAGAAUGACUCGGAUAUUCCAUUUUCCCAAAGGAUACAGCAGUUCCAGUUCAACCCCCAAAGUACGGCCAGCCGCAAUGUCGACCCAGCCAAGCCAUCCUCAUCCAGGCGACAUGAGUCGGAAGUAUUCCCUGAGCCUGUUGGCAUGCCUGUUGAUGAACCCAAGCUGCCUCCUCUGGCGAUGCCCCAACCUUUACGAAACCAGCAUCUUGGUAUGAAGAAAAGAGAGGCAAUCCAGUCUAGCAGUCCUGGAACAGCCUACUCAAGCUUGCCCGAGAUGAACGAGUUGGAUACGUUGUUUCUUGAUGCAUCAGGUCCUGGCACGACAUCAGAUUCAUGUGUCCUAACAAAGCGCCUGCGAAAUAUUUGGCCCAAGUUUCCCAUUCCCGGACUGAACCAGGCACCUUUGAUCAUCUUGUGGGAAUUAACCCGUGCUGCGCUUCACUGUCGCGUGGAUUUGUCUGGGUGGGAUCUCGAAUACAAAGCCGAUCAGACUUGGCACGAUCAAACCAAUUUCAGGGCUUUGAUCUUCCGACAUCGACUCUUCAUUGGAGCAGGACUACCACCGCCUUGCGACCGUGUGGUCUGGAAUGCAGCUUUUGAGUCCUUUGCGUUGCACGACAAGAAUGUUGUUCUUGCUGCAGAGUUUGUCAUCAACACUGAGGACUCUGGUCCUCUAUACAAGCUUAAGCUUCAGCCUCCUCGCCUCGAACUUGGUCAUCGGCUGGCUCGCCGUUUUGGUGCUGACCGGUUCAUGGAGAUUAUUAUCCCAUCCCCAACCUCUAGAGAUGCUCCCGAAAUAAUCAGGAACGACGAGCAGGGUGCUGAUAAGGUCAUCGGAUGGCUAAAUGAUAACCUGCACUAUUUCCUUGGGCGUUCCUGGUCUCCGUUCUACAACCGCGCCGCUAGUAAGUCUGUAAAAGACCCUCGCCCUCCUCACAAGUCCAUCACGAUUAUGCAGGAGCGUGUUUACUUCUUUGCGAUUGAUGGCAACAAUUUUCGACUACCCGAAAGCCAGUUCCCAGCACUCGAAGAAGCAACUUCCCUCGAGUAUCGAACAAAGAUGCGGCGCUCUGAUCUUUUGAAGUGGGCUAUAGAUGUCGAGGCGAAUGCUUUCCAACCCGUACCAAAACUGUUCUCACGGCUUGCUCUCAGCCUUAGCAAAACUUGUCCUACCAUUGUUCUUGAACCUCACCAGUUUCGCCAUCGUGACACUAUGCUGGGCUUCCACAAGUACAUGAGCAGCCGAGACAGAGAGGAACAGAAGGAUAUGGGUGACGGUAUCGCCAGGAUGUCUCGAGGCCUUGCACGCAGAGUCUCAACCCAUCUUGGCCUUUUGGAGACUCCAUGCGCAUUUCAGGCUCGUAUCGGCAGUGCAAAGGGGAUGUGGAUUGUCGAUGUUGAAGAUGAUGGAUUGGAUGACGAUGUUUGGAUUGAGACGUAUCCAUCUCAGCGCAAGUGGGAGUGCAAAUUUGAAGAUGUCCACCACAGAACGUUUGAAGUACGAGAAUGGUCCAGGGAGCUGAAGUCUGCGUCGCUCAAUUCGCAGUUCAUCCCAGUUCUUGAAGCACAGGCUCCAAACCCCAACAGCAUGCGCAAUGUCAUCGCUAACCAUUUAGCCAAUGGUCUUCAGGAUGAGAUUGGAGGCCAGCUUGCGGCCAUGACACAUCCCACAAGCCUUCGUGGCUGGACACAUCGCGGCUUCGAUCGAUCAAGCCUUGGUCGUGUUCCCUUUGUUGGAGGACUGCCAGACCACGAUGACGACAUAGUGUCUUUUAUGCUCGAUGCCGGGUUCGAUGCCACCAAGUGUCGUUUCCUUCGAGACCUUGUGUGGAACAAUCAGAAGCGUCAGGCAGAACAGCUCAAAGCGAAGAUGAACAUCAAGAUUCCCCGAUCGGCUUACGCUUUUAUGGUGGUGGACUUUACCGGAACAUUGGAAGAAGGCGAGGUGCAGCUAGCUUUCUCUUCCAAGUUCCAGGCCGAUGGUGAGUCAGACACACUAUUAGAUGAUAUCGACAUCCUGGUUGCCCGAGCUCCAGCCCAUUUUGUGAGCGACGUACAAAAGGUCAGGGCUGUGUUUCGACCAAAUUUGAAGCGGCUAAAGGACGUCAUUGUGUUUUCGUCAAAGGGCAAAUCACCUCUGGCCGACAUGCUUUCGGGUGGUGACUACGACGGUGACCAGGCUUGGGUUUGCUGGGAUCCCGAUAUUGUUCGCAAUUUUAGCAACGCAUCAAAGCCUGCCGAGCCAGAUCUCGUAAAACAGGGAUAUCUCCGAAAGUCCAACCCAAGCUUCCAGUCCAUUCUCGAGACAACCCCCGAUAUGGAGAGUGCUUGUACGGGCUUUUUACGCUCAGCAAUCUCGUUCAAUAUGCAACCGACUUACUUGGGUAUCGCGACCAAGUUCAAGGAAAGACUCUGUUACUUGGAAGGCGGGGUCAACAGUGAACGAGCUGUAGCCUUGAGCACAUUGGUUGCUCUGCUAGUUGACCAGGCUAAGCAGGGCUUGCUGUUCACUCGCGGAGACUAUGAUCGCCUGAAACGAGACAUGGAAAUGCGCGGCAAAGAACCAGAAUACGAGAAGGAAAGAAGUUCUGUACAGAACUACAAGGGCGAGAAUGGGUUCAUUCAUAUCCUCGACUUUCUCAAAUUUGUGGUUGCUGAAGAUACGAUCGCGCACGCCUUGAAGCAAUUCUAUGAUGCCCUUCAAGUCUCCGGUGUUCAGGCAUGGGACAAGGACUUGGCCCGUCUUUUCAACCAAUACAAUGAUCAAAGGAGGGUUUCCAAAACAGUCGAAAGACUCAUGACAGACAUAGUCGCGCACGUUGAUGCCAUCACCACGGAAUGGAGAGUUGCAAUGGCAGGAGGCAAAAAUGACAGCACGAGUAGCGAAUACUCGGCAAAGGUCAAGGAGCUGCAUCAUAAAUGGUCUUCGUACAAGCCAUCGACUCAAUUGAUGAGUAUGAGGAUUGUUGAGCCGCUCCUCGACACCUGGAAUGGCGAUCCAGCUUUGAGCAAGUGGGAGCUACUCAAAGCAUCCACCCUGUUCAAGCUGAGAUACGAAAAAGCAUACGCUAUGGUCUGGCGCCUUGCGGGAAAGCAGUUAGCGUGGAUGAAAGCGAUGCUGUCGCGCAGUACCUCGGACACCAGCGCUAUCGCUGUGACGGCUGAGAUGUGGAGUAUACUUCGACCUGACAACAAGCGCAUCGCCGCACUCAAUGCUCAAAGGCAAAUUGGGCACGACGAUGAGAGUUUGGCUGCCUUGGAAGAGGUUACAGAAUACGACGACGAGACGGGGACACAAAUUGACGAUGCUUAG